UUUCACUUCCUCUUUUCGACGUGGAGAAAAUAACUAACUGCACAGAGACGAAAGCAGAACUUCUUGGUCACUUGAUGUGGAUGUAGGAGGAAGUCAUCAACAGGUGUGCUUUCUACCAUGAGACAGUCUGAGGAGGAAGAUGGGGGAGUCCCACCGUCCGGCACCACUCUGUCUGAGGAACAUGAGAACUGGACCGGUCCUGAGAGGACCGAGCAGCAAAGGGCAGAUUCUUCUGUGCCAAGCUGUGUGUCCAUGAAGAGUAACAAGUCCAUGGAUUACCCUAUGGUCUUCAAACGACAAGAUUCAAGUUCUAAGACUGAGCAGGAAAGAGCUGAAUCUCCUGCACCAAGCUGUGUGUCCAUGAAGAGUAACAAAUCCAUGGAUUACCCUAUGGUUUUCAAAGAUUGCAAGAUGCAAGAUUCAGUUUCUAAGACUGAGCAGGAAAGAGCUGAUUCUCCUGCACCAACCUGUGUGUCCAUGAAGAGUGACAAGUCCAUGGAUUACCCUAUGGCUUUCAAACGGCAAGAUUCAGUUUCUAAAGUUCUCCAGGAGACGUCAGAGGUUGUCACUGGUCGUCAAACAGAGCUGGACUCCAUAUUUAUGACACUUGAAGAGGACAUUGUUGCUUUUGCGAAGAACGAGCUUAAGAAGUUCCGAAGGGUUUUGAGUCCAGAUUACCCAGAAUGCUUAGAGAGCCAAGAUGAGGACGAGGAGGUGGUUGAUGGUGAAGAGGAAGAGCAGAGGAGGAGCAGCAGAGAGGCAUUUCUGAAGAUCACACAGCACUUCCUGAGGAGGAAGAAGCAGGUGGAGCUGGCUGACUCUCUGCAGAACAAAACUCUUGCUGCUGCAGAGUGCCGCCGUAAACUCAAAUCUAAUCUGAAGAAGAGGUUUCAGUGUGUGUUUGAGGGUAUUGCUAAAGCAGGAAAUCCAGACCUUCUGAAUCAGAUCUACACAGAGCUCUACAUCACAGAGGGAGGGACUGCAGAGGUCAGUGAUGAACAUGAGGUCAGACAGAUUGAAAUGGCAUUCAGGAAACCAACCAGACCAGAGACAACAAUCAGAUUGGAAGACAUCUUUAAACCCUCACCUGGAAGAGAUGAACCAGUCAGAACAGUGAUGACCACGGGAGUGGCUGGCAUCGGGAAAACAGUCUUAACGCAGAAGUUCACUCUGGACUGGGCUGAAGACAAAUUCAACCAGGACAUACAGUUCACAUUUCCAUUCACUUUCAGAGAGCUGAAUGUGCUGAAAGAGAAGAAGUACAGCUUGGUGGAGCUCGUUCAUCACUUCUUUACCGAAACCAAAGAAGCGGGAAUCUGCAGGUUUGAAGAGUUUGUUUGUUUGUUCAUCUUUGACGGUCUGGACGAGUGUCGACUUCCUCUGGACUUCCACAACAAUGAGAUCCUGACUGAUGUCACAGAGUCCGUCUCAGUGGAUGUGCUGCUGACAAACCUCAUCGGGGGGAAACUGCUUCCCUCUGCUCGCCUCUGGAUAACCACACGACUCGCAGCAGCCAAUCAGAUCCCUCCUGCGUGUGUUGACACGGUGACAGAGGUCAGAGGGUUCACCAACCCACAGAAGGAGGAUUACUUCAGGAAAAGAUUCAGAGAUGAGGAGCAGGUCGGCAGAAUCAUCUCCCACAUCAAGAAAUCACAAAGCCUCCAUAUCAUGUGCCACAUCCCAGUCUUCUGCUGGAUCACUGCUACAGUUCUGGAGGAGGUGUUGAAGACCAGAGAGGGAGGAGCGCUGCCCAAGACGAUUACUGAGCUGUACAUCCACUUCUUGGUGGUUCAGUCCAAAGUGAAGAACAUCAAGUAUGAUGGAGGAGCUGAGACAGAUCCACCCUGGACUCCACAGAGCAGGAAGAUGAUUGUGUCUCUGGGAAAACUGGCUUUUGAACAGCUGCAGAAAGGCAACCUGAUAUUCUAUGACUCCGACCUCACAGAGUGUGGCAUCGAUGUCACGGCAGCGUCGGUGUACUCAGGAGUGUUCACACAGAUCUUUCAAGAGGAAAGAGGGCUGUACCAGGAUAAGGUGUUCUGCUUCGUCCACCUGAGCGUUCAAGAGUUUCUGGCUGCUCUUCAUGUCCAUCUGACGUUAAUCAACUCUGGUGUCAAUCUGCUGUCAGAAGAAAAAUCCACUUCCCUGUUGUCUAGAUGGUUCAGAGUCAAACCUGAACUCCUCUAUCAGAGUGCUGUGGACAAGGCCUUACAGAGUCCAAAUGGACACCUGGACCUGUUCCUCCGCUUCCUCCUUGGUCUUUCACUGGAGACCAAUCAGACUCUCCUACGAGGCCUGGUGACACAGACAGGAAGCAGCUCACUGACCAAUCAGGAAACAGUCCAGUACAUCAAGGAGAAGAUCCAUGGGAAUCUCCCUGCAGAGAGAAGCAUCAAUCUGUUUCACUGUCUGAAUGAACUGAAUGGCCCUUCUCUAGUGAAGGAGAUCCAACAGUGCCUGUGUUCAACACAUCUGCCCAAAUGUGAUCUCUCUCCUGUUCAGUGGUCAGCUCUGGCUUUCAUUUUGCUCUCUUCAGAAAAAGACCUGGACGUGUUUGACCUGAAGAAAUACUCCUCUUCAGAGGAGGCUCUUCUGAGGCUGCUGCCAGUGGUCAAAGCCUCCACUAAAGCUCUGCUGAGUUGCUGUAAUCUGUCAGAGAGAAGCUGUGAAGCCCUGUCCUCCGUUCUCAGUUCCCCGUCCUCCAGUCUGAGAGAGCUGGACCUGAGUCACAACAACCUGCAGGAUGCAGGAGUGAAGCUUCUCUGUGCUGGGUUGGAGAGUCCACAUUGUAGACUGGAGGUUCUCAGGCUCUCAGGUUGUCUGAUCACAAAGAAAGGCUGUACCUAUCUGGCCUCUGCUCUGAAAUCCAACCACUCCUAUCUGAGAGAGCUGGACCUGAGCUACAAUCAUCCAGGAGACUCGGGCAGGAUGCUACUUUCUGCUGGACUGGAGGAUCCCAGCUGGAGACUGGGCACUCUCAGGGUGGACCAUGGUGGAUCACAGUCAAUGAUAUCUGGUCUGAAGAAGUACGCCAGUGAACUCACACUGGACCCAAACACAGCAAACAGGAAACUCAUACUGUCUGACAACAACAGGAAGGUGACAGUGAGGAAAGAGACGCAGCCACAUCCUGAUGAUCCAGAGAGAUUUGAUUACUGGAAACAGCUGCUGUGUACCGAUGGUCUGACUGGUCGCUGUUACUGGGAGGUUAAGUGGGAAGGACAUGUUUACAUAGCAGUGGCUUACAGAGGAAUCAGAAGAAGAGGAACCGGUGACGACUGCUGUCUUGGAAGGAAUGAUCAGUCCUGGAGUCUGAGCUGCUCUAAUGAUGGUUACUCCAUCCUUCACAGAAACAAAAGGGUGCCCAUCAAUAUCCCCAUCUCGAACAGAGUGGGAGUGUACCUGGACUGGUCUGCUGGCACUCUGUCCUUCUACAGAAUCCGCUCAGACAAACUGACCCACAUCCACACCUUCAGCACCACGUUCACCGAGCCGGUCUACCCUGCCUUUAGGGUUAAGAUAGACCCGCUUAACUCGUCAGUGUCUUUGUGUUAGAUACAGUAAAACGUGGUCUCCUUUUCUCUUUCUGAGAGGGGUUCGGAGUUUAAAUAACAACAGUGGAAAAGAGAUGAGGAAGAAUACUUUAGUGGAGACAAAGACUAACAAGCUGAGUGAUAAUAGGCUAACAGCUAACACCUGCAAUCAAUAUAUGUGCUCUAGUUAAGGUGAGACAUCCCAGGUGUUAGGGUAAAUAAUUUAACUAAUAGAUAUCACUAUGAAACUUCCCCCGUUGAUUAUUUACAUUAAGACAAUGAUUUUUGGUAUUACAAGUUUUCUGAAAUCGUAUGUUUAAAUAUGCAAAUGAGGCAUUAUCUAAAGCUAACUUUUGGUGAAUUUAGGAGAAAUCUACAGACGCAAAUAGACAAAGUAGUAAAAUAAACACCUAAAUGUGUAUUUUUUAUGCUUUCUUUCUGUUAUGGAAGCAACAUAGGCCAAAAUCUCAAAAUUGACCAGUGCAUGAAAAAAGUUAUGUUUUUGCCUUGGGUGACUCCAAGCACAUUUUGCUUUAUUGUAAAAACACCGUUUGCUUUUUAAAUAAAUUAACAAAAUCUGUUAUGGUAUACAUAAUUAUACAUACCAUAACAUUUUGAAAUAAUUAAAUAAGAAUUGUCAAAUUCAAAUUCAGCUCAUUAUUUAAUAUCUGAUUCUACUUAUUUUCAUAAUGACACGUUCCAUAACAACAACAACGACUGUCAUUUAAGACAAACAACAAAUAUCAUAUUGUAAUUAUGAGCUGAGUUUUACAUAUGUGUUGGAUUGUUUCCCAAUUUUAUGGUUACAUUGUUUAUUACAUGUCUUGACUGCAUUUAUUCACAUAACUUAAUUGGUUUUCUCUCUCUGACUGGUUUGUGGUUGUUGUGAAUUAUAUACUCUUGUACUUCUGUCAAUACAUUGUUCUAGUAAGAGGUUUUUGAAGCAGUGGAUGCAGAUUUAGCUCUCUUUGGAUGCAGAUUUAGCUGUCUUUUUGUUGCAGUGGUUGCAGAUUUAGCUCUCUUUGUAGCAGUGGUUGCAGAUUUAGCUCUCUUUGGGUAGAGAUUUAGUUCUCUUUUUGUUGCAGUGGUUGCAGAUUUAGCUCUCUUUGGGUAGAGAUUUAGCUCUCUUUUUGUUGCAGUGGUUGCAGAUUUAGCUCUCUUUGGAUGGAGAUUUAGCUCUCUUUUUGUUGCAGUGGUUGCAGAUUUAGCUCUACAUUUGCUGUGUCCCAGGUCAGACACUGGAUCCUCUAAACCCCCCUGACUGAAUUAAUAACAGGCUCCAUAAAGUCCUCCAAAACAGGCAGAGAAAUGCAGCCUUUUUUUGCCCCAAUUUGGAGGACAAAAUCAUGAUUUCUUUUACAGUGAAGGUGGGCAAAUAUGUUUUUGCUGUGAAUGUACAUAUAGCUACUGUACCUCAGUAUAAGGAGGGUAUUAAAGACAACCCUAUAGGCCUCAGCUUCCCAUAAUCCACUGGGCACCUAUCGGUGUAAAAGAGCAUACAAGUGAACAAGUGUCACCUAAAAGUCAAGAAAUAUCACAUGACCAUGUCAUAGAUUAUUUAACAGGUUGUUACUGAAUGUUCAGGUGACAUUUUUGUUUUUUGUAAACUAGAUCAUAAUAAGAUAAAUAAUGUAAACCAGGUGUCAGCAGGCAAAGUUCAGUGAUUUAUUUACAAAAAGCUUAUAGUAAUCAAAGUCCGUAUGGCAGUGGGUCCGGCAGACCGAUAACAGGCUAUGUAGGCCUAUGUAGUGAGUGACUGAUUAGACGAUGAGAUGCAGGUGAGGAGGUGGGCGGGGAAGGUCAGAUAAUUGCAGAGCAGAUGAGGGAAGUGGAAGCAGGUGUGUCCAUGGGUGUGGGACUCAGGUAAUAGGGCAAAGAGGGAAGAAAGAUGGAAUGAAUAGUCUUUGAGGAAGUGGCAAUGGGGCUGAAGAGGACGGACAAAAGAACAAACCAUGACAGCGUAUAACACCCACUGCUUGUUAAAGGUCUAACAUAUAAAUACCUGGAUGACAACACUACGUACCGUUUAAACCUACCUAAGCUAUAGGUUGAUAGCUGAUAUUUUAAUUGCACGUUGGAAUUAAGUCUCAUGUAAUUUCUUUCUGUAAUCUUUCAUUUAACUUGUAUGAUUGUAUCCACAAUGCUGAUGUAAUAGAAUAGACCAUCAUGUUCACAUAUAAUUUCUGCAGAUUUUUCACCAAUCAACAAUAAAGAGAAACAUGUAGAAAAGCUUAA